CAAGUAACGGAGUAACGGACUGGACUAACUGGACUAUGGGCAGUCUUCUCUCUGUCAAUGGUUAUCGAUAUUUCUGUGCACUGAAGAGAGAGAGCGAGAGCGAGUAAGUAGCAGAGAAAAAGAAAAGAAAUAAAAACCAGACCAGAGAAGAGACAAUCGGCGGACUGCGCAUUUCUGAAGCUUUGUUCAUGGAUUUAUUAUAUAUACUUGUAUAACGGCUAGUAGCAGUCUUUAUGAGCAAGGAUUGACUUGGGUUCUCGUCCAUCUUUCUUCAUUUUCUCCGUAAGUUGGCAGAAAAACCCAAUACAUGGAUUCCAACAAUGAUAGUGAACCGUGGGAAUGGCAAGGUGAUGACUACUAUCUCCAAAAGAACUCCCAUUUCGAAAUCUCUACUAGUCUAUGGGAUGAAACAAGCCAAAAUGAAGAAAGUCUCUCCUACAUGUUCGAUGAAACGACGCCAAUUAAAUCUUGCGGAGAUUUAGCAUACCAUGUUACUGGCAGCGGAAAAAAUAUGAACAAGGAAGAGGAAGUGCGUAGGGAUUCUUCAUCUCAAUUAAAGAGGAGACGGAUGUUACAAUUCAACACAAGUAAUAUGGAUCCCUGUUACUGUGAUGAACAAAUUUCAUCUGUAUUUGGACAAUCAAAGGAUUGGGAGGAACAAAUCGGGGCAGCUUUACCUGUAACGUCGGAUUGGGUUUCAGAGCUCACAGUAGAUAGGUCUGCCUCUGGUAAUGGGAGCCUGGAUCAGUCUUCUGAGGGCUGGCUUGCCAACUGCUUCAACGACGCUGAAAUGCAUCUUAGCUCCGAUGAUAUGAAUCUCUCCGGGGUCUCUGACGAGCAAAUUGAUGUUUCAGAGUUCUGCAACUUUCCACCCGAGGUGGAAGCUCAUGUGGUACAAGGGUGUUCUUCCCUAACUCCUCGAAGUGUUUUUAAAGGUAGGAAGUCUUUCAUUCGAGCUCCCACAAAGAUGUCUUCUGCUGUUGCCUAUCCAUUUGCCCUCAUCAAGCCCUGUGGGGUCCAUGGAGAUGUUACUCUGAAGGACAUAAACCAGCGGAUUCGAACUCCACCCCCUUCAAAGUCGAAGCAAAAUGAUGAUGAUGCCUCUGCUUCUUAUCCCACUUCAGCUUUUUCUGGAAAGCCUGUGGUUGUUAAAACGAAAAUCCGCACUGAAGGGGGAAAAGGAAGUAUUACAAUCAUGAGAACCAAAGGCUGAGCAGAUAAGUUUAUCUUGCUUCACUUUUUUGUAAUGGCUUCUGCCCCCUCUUUUCUCUCUACAUUUUUUUUUUUUUUCUUUUUUGGGGUUUGCGGAGGUUUUCUGUAUAAUUUUCUGAAUUCAUCUAGUGCCGAAAUUGGUCUUGUUCUCCUUGGAAUUCACUAGACACAUGGAAGUGUUUAGGAUUCCAAGUUGUUUGUAAGCAACCCAACAUCUGAUACUUCUAUACACAAUAACUCUGAUUUCAAGACUGGAGUGAGGAUGUUGUGUUGUAGAUCCCCAUGCCCGUUUUCGUCUCUGAUGUAGUCUGUUAACUGCCGCCAUAUAGUUCUAUAAUGUCAAAAGUAUGUUCUCUCGGUA